UUGGUAAUUUACAUUGUAGGGCUUGCUGUGGAUAAUGGUGUCGAUAACACAAAGGUUGGCUCGACGGUAGCGCUCCUGAAGAAGGUGGGGAAAGUAAGCGUACUUGAAGACUACAUCAAGGAAAGCCAUAUUUGCGAAGAUGACGUGGUUUACAAAACACACUGUGGCAUUGCGCAUACUCGAUGGGCGACGCAUGGAUCCCCCAAAGAUGUUAAUUCGCAUCCGCAGCGAUCAAAUACUCAGAAUGAAUUUCUCGUUGUGCACAAUGGCAUUAUAACGAACUACCGCGAGGUGAAGGAGUACUUGAUGAAGAAGGGCUAUGAAUUUGAGUCGGAGACUGAUACGGAAGUGAUUGUCAAGCUCAUCCAGCACAUCGCAGCCAGAUGUGAGGGAGCCAGCUUCCGCCAACUCGUCGAAGCCACCAUUCAGCAUCUUGAAGGCGCAUUUGCGUUAGCUUUUAAAAGCAGUCGUUUUCCUGGUCAGUUGGUAGCCACACGCCGCGGAAGCCCGCUCCUUAUUGGUAUCAAAACUACUGGAAGACUUUCCACCGAUCAUUUU